UCCCAACGAGAGCGAAGCGAGCUGUUAGCUGCACGAGCGCACACCAGCGGCAGCCAGACGCGAGCAGAGCAAUGGCGGGGGCGGAGCAGCAGCUGCGGUCGUUCGUGGAGGUGCCGGCGGGCUCGCACUUCCCCAUCCAGAACCUGCCCUUCGGGGUCGUCCGCCGGCGGGGGUCGCGGGCGCCGCCGCGCCCCGCGGUGGCAAUCGGGGACCUGGCGCUCGACCUCGCCGCCGUCGCCGACGCCGGGCUCUUCGACGGGCCCGCGCUCGCCGGCUCCCCGUGCUUCCACCAGGAGACGCUCAACAUGUUCUUGGAGAUGGGCCGGCCGGCGUGGAAGGAGGCGCGCGCCACGCUCCAGAAAAUCCUAUCAGCUGAUGAGCCAGUCUUGCGUGACAAUGAGGCCCUCAGGAGCAAGUGUCUUGUUCCAAUGAGUGAUAUUGAGAUGGUUCUGCCAAUCACUGUCGGAGGCUACACAGACUUCUUUUGUUCCGUGCACCAUGCCAGGAAUUGCGGGUUUAUCUUCCGUGGGCCGCAGACUCCAGUCAAUCCAAAUUGGUUUCAUCUUCCCAUAGGUUACAACGGAAGGGCAUCAUCUGUAGUUGUGUCUGGAACAGAUGUCAUUCGACCCAGAGGACAAGGACAUCCAACAGGAAACUCCAGUCCUUAUUUUGGUCCAUCUCAGAAGCUUGAUUUUGAACUUGAGAUGGCUGCCAUUGUUGGCCCAGGGAAUGAAUUGGGAAAACCUAUCGAUAUUAAUAAUGCUGAAGACCAUAUUUUUGGCCUAGCUUUGAUGAAUGAUUGGAGUGCCAGAGAUAUCCAGGCUUGGGAGACUAUACCUCUUGGACCAUUCCUUGGAAAAAGCUUCAGUACCACAAUAUCGCCAUGGAUUGUCACUCUGGAUGCUUUAAAGCCUUUCACCUGUGAGGCACCUAAGCAGGAACCUGAGCCUUUGCCUUACUUGGCUGAAAAGAAUCACGUGAACUACGAUAUUCCUCUUGAAGUUUGGAUUAAGCCCAAAGAUCAAAGUGACGCCUCAAUCGUCGCAAAGACUAAUUUCAAACAUUUGUAUUGGACGGUGACGCAGCAGCUAGCACACCACACUAUCAAUGGAUGCAACAUGAGACCAGGGGAUAUAUUUGCAACUGGCACACUCAGUGGACCUGAACCCGAGUCUCUGGGGUGUCUUCUGGAGCUAACAUGGAACGGGCAGAAGGAGAUACCAGUUGGAAAUUCGACCCGCAAGUUUCUAGAAGAUGGGGAUGAAGUCAUCUUGACCGGCUGUUGCAAGGGUGAAGGCUACAACAUUGGAUUUGGAACCUGCACAGGGAAGGUUCUGCCUGCGCUUCCUUGAGCCAACAUAUCUUCACUUCAAUUCAUGGAGUCUCGAUGAUCCCAAAGGAGUUCAUGCGCUGAAAUCUACCAAGCUCCGAUCCUUAGUCUGUUUAAAGCCUACUAGUUAUGGUAACUGGAUAUUAGGUAUUGUUUUUCUUGAAUGCGGAAAAGGAAACUGGUCCCUCUCUCUAGUGCAAUAAAACUGAUGCUAAGUCAUCUUUUUAUACAAUUUUUUCCCUCUGGGAGUUGUUUUAAACUUGUAAUGCCCUGUGCGACAAGGAUAGUGUUAUGCUA